AUGGGUCGAUGGGGAUGGCGUUUGUUUGAAAGUGACCAGGACCUUGACGUGGUUAUCUCCAUUUCCGACGACACUCUAGGCAUCAACACAGGUCAAUGGGAGUACAGUCUGAGUGCAAUGGUUAAUCAAAGCGACAUGUUGGCACCGCCGGAGGCCGCUGCUGUCUAUAGGACCGCCGAAUAUGCCGAUGAACUAGCCAACGUCAUCGUCCCGUACGUCCGCCAGAAACUCGACACCGGCAACCUCGGAGAACGGAUGCUCGCUGCGAGUCGCAAUAAGGAAUCGGACCCGGAUGACCUCUUCCAAGAGUCCAAGUACCGUACUAUCAUCAUGGGUGCUCUCAUGAUGCGUGCCGGUGCUCGCAUCAACGCAGCAGAUCUGCGGCAUCUGCGUGAUCUAGUGCCCCAAAUCAACUGUACCUCCCGCCGCACACUCUUGGAAGACCAUGGCUUCAGAAAUCCGGGAAGGGCUCAGUUUCUGGCUGCCUUGGAUCACUACCGGCCCGGGGUUGCACGUAGCUUCCAGGAGCCUAGCUGCUUCAAGUGUGGAAAGAUCGAGGAAGAUAUCGGUCGCAAGCCUCUGCAAUGCAAGAAGUGCAAAGUUGCAACGUACUGCGGCAAGGACUGUCAGCGUGACCAGUGGCGUGAACACCGAGUGAACUGCCUCCCCCCGGGACAACGCCGGAUGCUGAACGUCUGA